CUAAGCCACAAGUUCGGGGUUGUUAAAGAGUUGUGGGCGUGUGACACACUUGUUGCCACCAUUUGGACACGAGCAACCAACGCGAGAAAUAUGUCGGAUUCAGGAGUCAAUUCACACCUGGAGGGAAUAAUUUCAGAUUUUGAAGCUCUGAAGAGGUCCUUUGAGGUGGAGGACGUUGACACUUCAGCUCACUUGUCUCCCGGUUCCAGACGCACAACCAACGUCCCCCACCGUAACGCCAUGUCUCCCACCAGCAUCUACUACCGCGACCUGGGCACCGCCGCCUCGCUUACAAACAACAACAACCUCAACUACACCCAGCCUCGUUCCAUCAUGGGCGGUGGAGGCUCCAAGACUCCGGAGCCAGUAUCACGCCGCUCCGAGCUGUCCAUCGAUAUCUGCGCCGCACCCAGCAAGCAGAUAGACGCCACGAGCCCCGCAUCUAUGCGCUUUUCAACCAACAGCGCCCUAAGGCGCCCCGAGGUCCUCGGCCACUCCAAGACUCCGGAAAUGAGCCACAAGCGGGAAGUCACUUUUGCCAAGACGGAUUCCCCGGGGACACGGCGUAACGAGGGCAGCGGUCACGCUAACGGGACCGGCCGUGCCCCGGAACAAAGUCAUACCCGCAAGUUUGAGCCUCCCAGUCCCGGGGACAUUCGCAAACCUGAAAUCAGCAUCACCAGAGCUCCGGCGGAGAACAACGGCCAUCACCCGGCAGUGCACCACCCGCACCAUCCUAAUCCUCACCACAACACCAUCGUCACCACUUUCCGAUGCUCCUCACCGAAUCACGCCGGACGUAAAUCCCCCAACCCUGACCGGUCAGAAGUCAGUCUGGGCCACAGCAACAUGUCGGACUACACCAAGCCACACCACGCCAACCCGCCGCACGGCAAAGGCGACAAGGCUCACCACGGGGGCGGCGGUGACUUCAGCUACGUCGGCAUCGACGCCAUCCUGGAGCAGAUGAGGAGGAAGGCUAUGAAGCAAGGCUUUGAGCUCAAUAUCAUGGUUGUGGGGCAAAGCGGCUUGGGCAAGUCCACUCUUAUGAACACGCUGUUCAAAUCGAAGGUGAGCCGUAAGUCUGUUGAGCCUGACGCCGGGGACAGGAUUCCAAAGACCGUAGAGAUCAAGUCCAUCAGUCACGAUAUAGAGGAGAAAGGUGUGAGGAUGAAACUGACGGUCAUCGACACGCCAGGCUUUGGGGAUCAGAUCAACAAUGAGAAUUGCUGGCAGCCCAUCAUGAAGUUCAUCAAUGACCAGUACGAAGCCUACCUGCAGGAAGAGAUCAACAUCGACAGGAAGAAGAGGAUUCCAGACUCCAGGGUGCACUGCUGCAUAUACUUCAUCCCGCCCACUGGCCACUGUCUGAGGCCUCUGGAUGUGGAGUUCAUGAAGCGUCUCAGCAAGGUGGUGAACAUCGUGCCCGUCAUCGCCAAGGCCGACACGCUGACGCUGGAGGAGAGGGACUACUUCAAGCAGACGAUAAGGGAAGGGCUGCGAGCCAACGAUAUCGACGUCUACCCUCAGAAAGAGUUUGACGAGGACGCAGAGGACAGGAUGAUUAAUGAUAAAAUUAGGGAAAUGAUCCCGUUUGCAGUGGUGGGCAGUGACCAGGAGUACCAGGAGAACGGGAAGAGGAUUCUGGGAAGGAGAACAAAAUGGGGCACCAUCGAGGUCGAGAACAUUGCGCACUGUGAGUUCGCUUACCUGCGAGACCUUCUGAUCAGGACGCACAUGCAGAACAUCAAAGACAUCACGGGCAGCAUCCAUUACGAGACGUAUCGCGUGCGCCGACUAAACGAGUCCAACAGUCACUUGAGCUCUCACCCGUCCGAGCGUCCUCCUGCUCAGCUCAAGGCGAACGGUCAGGCCGAGCUGCUGCCGGGCAGCGGCGUGCAGGUCAACGGAGUGGCGAUCCAACAUCAAGUCCUCACCCAUGAGAUGUAGUACCCCUCGCAUAUACACCCCACUCUGUUUACGUGAGCGGUGUUCCGUGAGUGUGAAACUAUUUCCCUAGUGGGACUUUUUGCAGUAACAAGCCACUUUACUAUGACUAUAAUAAACAUGGAGUGGGGCAUUGAACCAGCCUUCUAAACGUUCACACUUUUCAGAUUGUUUAUGCUAAUUAGGAUGGUGAGGGAGAGGCAGUGGUUCGUUGACCCAUCACUGGCGGAGCUAGGAGUUUUCCCCGAUGGGCAGCGUCAUGGAUAUCUCAGCGGGUCUGCAAAACCUAAAAACAAAGUCAAUUAUCUGGCCGGACGCCUGAUGAACCUACAAACUAGAAUUGAAAAACUCCUAAAAUCCUCGUUUGUAAAACAUGCCCAUCAGAGGAGUGCAAGAACCCUAUUGGAAAGAGAGAGACCAAAAUAAUAGACCAAAAUAAUAUGCCGUACCUGGGGGAGAAAAAAUUUCCGGAAAAAUAGUAUUUGAUUUUUAAAUCAAAAGUCGUAUUUGUUUAAGGCAAACGUGUGUAAUUUCACGAGACUAUAUAUAUAAAAAAAUGUAUAAUUUAUGAGAUUGCAUUAAAAUUCCAACAUUCUCAUCAUACUACGCUUAAUUCUAAUGUGCUAUAUUUUAGGGUUAAAAAAAUGAUUCCUGUAAUCUUUUUUUUUUUUUUUUUUUAAUCCCCCUCUAAACAAACAUAACAAAACUUUUGAGUGUGGCCCUUUUUGCUUGUCCAUUGGCCCUGCCAAGAUUCCUCACCCCUAAUAAAAAGCACAGGGAAGAAGCUCACAUCGCAUUUAAACAUCAGCCAAACGAAAACAAAAAUAACUUUUUCUAUUCUUUAUUAGCCCUGAUUUGUGCUGACCGUCCGCUUUACUUUUGUGUUGACAUUCACAUAGUUACUUGUCAGCAUUCAUUUGGAGUAGCGUGAUUGUAUUAAGAAGGAAGUUUUGCCCCCCCCAUGUGAUGGUUGUUAAAAAAAAAUAUAUAUAUAUAUAUAUAAAACCUCACUGUCUUGUCUAAAAAGCAGUCAUCUUGUAUUUGUUCAAUUACCUUUCUAUCUAUCUUUAGUCAUCUCAUUCUAUUGUUACUGUAAACAAAUGCUUGCCAUCCCUUUGUUCAUUUCUUUUGGCCCCUAAAUAAAUAUUAAAGUCACUUUUUGUUUGGUAAAUAUUUGUGUUUAGUGAAGCUAUUCUUUUAGCAAAUGUUAAAUUGAAGGUUUGUAGCAAGUACAUAGCAACAUUUAAGGUGAAAGGAUUUGUUUGUGAAGUGCACGUGCGUGUUUGUCUUUCAUAAGUGCAUUUGCAAUUGUAGCAUUUGUUUUGUUUCAGUUGCAUGUGAUGCUGUCGUUUAGAGAUGAAUGCCAUAAUACUUAACAUAAGAAGCAAUUUUACUCUUUUUUUUUUUUUUUUGUAGAAACCGACUCAAGGAGCAUCUUUUACAUUUCCAUAAUUGCAAUUCACAUACAUGUCAUUUCACUGCCGCUUUAUUAUUAAGCAAAGGAGUACAGUUCCACAUCCGAAGGAAGUUGUCGGUUACUUAUUGUUCAUUGUUGUAUAGUUCGUUGACUUUUGUGACCGUAUAAUAGAAUUAUGGAUUUAUCUUUGGUAUGUUAUGCUCAAAGAAUAAAAAUGGAUAUUUUUAUUGUUUAA